AUGAACAUCAACGUAUCAAACCGCGAUCGUUUCAAUAUACUUGAUUUACCCAAUGAAAUUUUAUUUUUUAUUUUUGAAAAACUAAAUAUGGUUCAUGUUUUAUAUUCAUUCGUCGAUAUUACUCAACGAUUUAAUCGAUUAGUAUUUGAUCCAUUUUAUAUUCGUAAACUUAAUUUAACUUCAAUGAAAAUGAAAUCGUUUUUCGAUCGGAUCUAUUCAAUAGAUGAUCAAAUUCUUGAUAAAAUUUGUACAAAUAUUUUACCUCAAAUUGAUGAUCAAAUAAAUGAAUUAAUUGUUGAACAAUAUUCAAUGGAACGUAUUCUUCAUACUAUCAAUUAUCCUCAACUUUAUUCAUUAACACUUAUGAAUUUUUCAGAAGAAACACUUUUCAAUUAUUUAGCAAAUGAUACAAUGCUUCGUAAACUUCUUGCUGAACAAAUUACAUGUCUUCAAAUUGAUUUUAAGGAUUAUCCAACACUACCAGUUCCUGAAACUCUUUCGGUUGUAUUUGCUUUAAUUAUAUUUCUAUGUAAACGACUGAACAAAUUAAAUUUUUCCCAAUCGUAUGGACGAGCGACAUAUUGUACUUUUGAUUUAUCAUCAACUAAUUUCAAAUCUUCGACAUUGACUGUCUUAAAAAUUUACGUAAAAACUUUCGACGAUUGUCUUUAUCUUCUUGAUGGACGUUUCAUUUUUUUAUCUACAUUGAUUAUUAAAAUAAGAACAAUUCAAGAAACAUCAGGAACGAUCGAUAAUACGAUAAAACUACCAAAAUUGAAACAGUUUUCUUUAAAAACAUACCCACAUAUAUUAUUAUAUGAUAGUUUAAUUAUUCCAUUACUUCAACGAAUGAUAAAUCUUGAAAAUUUAAAAUUAUAUAUUUCAAUAAUAAGAAGUAACAGAAAUUAUAUUGACGGUAAUCAAUUAUAUGAUGAUAUACUUAUUUAUAUGCCAAGAUUAAACAAAUUUACUUUCAAUAUACAAACAUUUGUUGAUAAAAGGAAUGAUGAAAUUAUUUUUUCAUCUAAUGAAGAUAUUCAACAUAGUUUCAAUCGAAAACAAUACGGAUCAGUUGGCUCAUAUGUUGAAACUUUUACAAGAGAAAAUAAAUAUAAAUGUCACCACUAUUCAUUACCAUAUGAAUUUAAAAGUCGAUGCCAUAUUUAUUCACUACCAUAUCAAUUUAAAGAUUUUGAUUUUGUAACUAAUGCUUUUCAAGGUGGUAUGUUUAAUAAUGUUGAAUCUGUGGUAAUCACAGACUGCAAGCCUUUUGAACAUAAUUUCUUCAAGCUCAUUUCCGGAAGUUUUCCUCGAUUGAAACAUUUGUAUAUCUUUAAUAAAGAACCAAUGGAGAACAAAGAAGAAUCAAUAUCGUUGAUCGUAUUCUCUCAUCUUAUUUUUCUCAAUAUUUAUACUUGUCAUGCAGAUUAUGCUGAACAAUUUCUCGUCGAUAAACACUGUCAUUUACCUUGUUUAAUGAACCUCGAGAUUGAGUAUGAAACACUCGUUUUGGUCACAAACAAUUUUACUAAUGAUGCUACACGUCUCACAUGUAGCAAAUUGACCAAUCUUCGUGUACAAGGACCAUUUGUACCUCCAGAAAAUUUUGAUGAAUAUUUUCCUUUAUUGUAA